AAACACUUUUAACUAUAAAACACACCGCAUUAAACCAAGUAGUGCUCCAUCACCAAAAUCCAAAACCAAAACACCAUGCUGUACCAAGUGGAGCCCACAUACAAACUCCCCGCCGCGCUCUCGCCGGAGCAUCCCUCGGGUGCAGCCACGCCGCCGCUCCACGCCCUCGCCUCGGUGCCCUUCAAAUGGGAGGAGCAGCCGGGUAAGCCCAGGCCCUGCACCGACAUCAUCCUCCGACCCGAACCCGCCGCCAGAAGAUGCCUAGAGCUUCCGCCCUGCAGAAUUACCAAAAUGCCCUCCCCCACCACCGUCCUUGAUGGGCCUGAUAAUCUGGGCCGCCCCAAAUUCUCUUCGUUCAGGCUGUUUAGGGAGAAGCAGAUUUCCUUCGACAGCAGCAGCGGCGGCAGCAGCCCUCAGAGCUACGUGACGGUCGGGAAGAAGAGCAGUGGAAGAAGGCUGAAAAUGAGCAGCUUGUUUGGUAGGAGUUUGAGAGUGAGAAGUGGUGGAAAGGAAGCUGAUGAGGGUAGUUUGGGGUUUUCACCAUCUUCGUUUGCUGGUUUUGAAAGUCAUGUGGAGGGGAAGAAGAUUGCAAGUUUCUCUCGGUCUUCGCCUACUCCUCUCUUGGCUACUAUGUAUGAGGGUUUGAAGCAAGCUAUACCGUGGAAACGCACUAGAAAAUCAAAGAAAGAAGGCUCUCUUUAGAAUAAGACAAAUGUGUUUGGUGUCUUUAUGUUGUUUCUAGUAGUAUAUGUAAAUUAGGAUUCCAUAUUUUAUUAUAAUUUGAUGCAAGAAACACGUUGUUUAUUUCA